AUGACGGGACGGGCCGAGGCGCGAACCCCUGAACCGCCCGACGGCAACGAACACGAAAACUCUCCACCGCGAUUGUUGAGACCGAGACGCUCCACUAGACCGCCUAACAAUUUUGCCCAGGAGCAAGAACUCGAUAUCGAGCAAAGCAACGCACGUCCGCUACGGAAGAAGACCCAGGGCAAGCCAGUACCCCAACGUGAAGUGGUAACAUCGGAAUCAGCAUCAGAGAGCGAGGACCCGAGCGCUUCAGAACUGUUAAAGGAACUUGUCAAGCUCAGGAAGGAGAUCAGACGGCGAGACGAAUUGCACAAGGAAGAACUUCAGAAAGUCAAAGAAGAAUUUACCGCCGCCCUCGCAGAAGUUCGACAUGAGCUACAAAACCUGACGGAUAGACCCCUUACACCGCAACCCAUUUCCGAACCAUGCGCCCAGAAAGGCCACGAUGAGAUCCUUCGCGAAAUCCAAUCCUUGCGUGAUGCAAUCAGCCCUACAGAUCCCACCAUGGGAUCUCCGUCCUAUGCAGAUGUUGCCCGCACCCCUCCAACCAGCCACCUAAGCAAUAUACGAACACUCUCAUCGUUGAACACGACACCGUCCACCUUCACCGACACGUUGUACUGCACAAUAGACACCUCGAAGAUGGUCAAUAAUGAAAGUGAAAAGAAGUCCGCAGGUCCGAUCCGGGCGGCGGUUGAAACAGAGAUCCGGAGUAUGGAAGAGCAUGCGCACUGGCGCUGCCGCGCCGUCACAGUGGAUCCGAAAAACAACCACCGGAUCCGAAUAGUAUGUCGCGAUGAAGCCGAACACCAGCUAGUCAAGAAAGUGGCGGAAGCGAAGAUCGGCGGAGGAGCCCGGGUGCUACGUGACGAGCUGUACCCGAUCAAAGUCGACAGCGUCAACAAGGGUGCAGUUUUGGACGAAAAAGACGAGAUCCGAGCUGGUGCCAUGGCGGCCUUCAGCGAAGAGAACGAAGUCACCGUUGCUAAGAUUGCGUGGCUUAGCAGUAAAGAAAGCGUAAAGGCCUACGGGUCGAUGGUUGUCUACCUAACCAGAGGCACUGAUGCGCGGAGGCUCCUGGCCGACGGACUCUUCCACGCUGGGGGAGAAUCCGGCGUGACUAGCACAUUUAAAUAUCGUCCACGACCGAAGCAAUGUUACAAUUGUCAGGAGAUUGGACAUAAGGCAUUCCAGUGUAAGAACGUCCAGAAUGUGUUCCGUGUGGAGGCCCGCAUGAAUCGUACAGCAAGAACUGCCGGAAGCUCUACCCGUCAAGUCAUGAGUAAACCUUUCCGUAUCAUCCAACUGAACGUGAGAAAACAGGGCGUGGUACAUGACAGCUUGAUGAAUGACGAACAAACUCGAGACGCAGCGGUGUUAGCGAUCCAAGAACCCCAAGCGAGGAGAAUCCAUGGUAGGCUCUUAACGACCCCGAUGGGACAUCACAAGUGGACGAAGAUGGUUCCUUCCACCUGGAGGGAAGGCAGAUGGGCGAUCCGAAGCAUGCUUUGGGUCAAUAAAGAGAUAGAAGCGGAGCAGGUGGCUAUAGAAUCGCCGGAUCUUACGGCGGCGGUCAUUCGGCUCCCCGAGCGACUGAUUUUUAUGGCAUCAGUUUAUGUCGAGGGGGGAGAUGCCUCGGCAUUGAAUGACGCGUGCGAUCAUCUAAGAAAGGCAGUUGCAAAGGUGCGGCGAGACACAGGCGCUAUGGUGGAGGUCAUGAUUGUGGGAGACUUUAACCGCCAUGAUCAACUCUAG